AAAGGGAAACAAAGAGUUCGAUCGCCGCCUCUAGAGAGAUCAUCGGAGGAAGAAAUGCUCACCCGAUAUCUAGGGUUUCAGCUUGCGUAGGAGAGCACUAUGGCGAUCGACGAGGACGAGGAGGACUUCAUCUUCUACGGCACCCCAAUAGAGCGAGAGGAGGAUACAUCCGCACGUAAACGUAAGGCGAUCGCCGAUGCUGGUCAGCUUCGCAGCCUUCCACUAUGGAAGCAAGAGGUUAGAGAUGAGGAAGGACGCAGAAGAUUUCAUGGUGCAUUUACCGGUGGAUAUUCUGCUGGAUACUACAAUACCGUUGGUUCAAAAGAAGGAUGGACUCCUCAGACAUUUACUUCAUCACGCAAAAAUAGGGCGGAAGUGAAACAACAGAAUAUAUAUAGCUUUCUGGAUGAAGAUGACAUUAAGGCUAUGGGAGGCCAAGCCCUGGAGACCUCCAUGCAGUUUGAUACUUUUGGUUUUACUGCUGCUGAAUAUGCUCGUAAACAUGCUGAAAAGGAGCAGCAUAAAAGGCCUUCAGCUAUUCCUGGACCAGCACCUGAUGAAAUAGUAAUUCCUGCAUCAACUUCUAUUGGUGUAAAGCUGUUGCUCAAAAUGGGAUGGCGUCAUGGUCACUCAAUCAAGGAUGCACAUGUUGAUUCUUUAUAUGAAUCACGCAGAGAAGCUAGAAAAGCUUUCUUGGCCUUUUCUGGUAAUGAGGGAGGAGCAGAACCAUCACAAAAAGGAUCUCAUGUUUCAGCUUCUGAAGAAUAUGACGAAAGAGGGGUUGAUGUCAACAAUGCUUCUAAAAGCGUGCCUGAAUACGUGGUGCAACCAAAGCAAGACCUGUAUGGAUUGGGUUAUGAUCCAUAUAAGACUGCUCCUGAAUUCAGAGAUAAAAAGAGAUUGCGCGAGUCUAAAAGCAAAAAUAGUGGUAUUAAGGGUUCAAUGAAAACAGGUCUUUUAUCUUCUAACUCAGGAAAAUAUGCUCCAGGCUUUGGUAUUGGAGCACUAGAGGAACUUGAUAUUGAAGAUGAGGACAUUUAUGCUUCAGGUUUUGACUUUGAACAAACUGAAGUUGAAGAGGAUGAGCAAAUGGGCGUGAUCAGAGAUACUAAAUACAGACUUGAAGGAAGAAAAUCAGGCAGUUUACCUGGUUUUAAAGUUGCAUCAAGUUCUGACUAUACAAUUGAAAGAUUUCACCCUCCUGUUAUCCCUGCCAAUUUUGAUUCACAUCACAAGUUCUCUGCCCCUCUUGAGACUGUAUUUAAAGUUUCUGAAUUACCUCCUCCUGAGGUUCCCCCUCCAGAAGACAGUAGUUUGAGAUUGUUGAUUGAUGGCUUUGCAACUCUGGUUACUCGCUGUGGAAAACUUUUUGAGGAUCUUUCCAGGGAAAAAAAUAGGUCGAAUCCCAUGUUUUCUUUUCUCACUGGAGGAGAUGGUCAUAAUUACUAUAUAAGGAAGUUGUGGGAAGAGAAGCAAAAAAAUAUCAAUCAGGUAUACCUGGCGGAGGAUUUAAAGUCAAAAGGAUCUGUCGAACGCAUGACAGCAGAAAAUCGUGGAAGAAUUCUAGGUGAGAAGCAGUUAGAGAGAAGGUCCAAGGAACCCAGCACCUCAGCUGCCGCCAAAGAAAUUCAUUUUCAAUCAAAUCUAUCUGAUGCAUUCACCAAGCCAUCAUCCCUUGUUGGAGUAAUAGAAAAUGCAAAAACUUUCAAAGAUGAUCCUGCCAAGCAAGAGAGAUUUGAGCAAUUUCUCAAGGAUAAGUACAAAGGAGGCUUGCGUUCUACACAACCUUUAGGCAUCAUGUCAGAGGAUGAUCGUGCUCGGGAGAGGUUGGACUUUGAAGCUGCAGCAGAAGCAAUCGAAAAGGGUGAGCAAAAUCCAGUAACAGCUUCUCCAUCAAUGGGGCAGUUAAUGGAUUUCUCAGGUUCCAUUGAGCAACAGUUCAUAUCAUCAACUGGACCGACAAAGACACAAGAUCCUUCAGCUGAGAGUAAGAUGACCAGCAAAGUUUAUCCGAAGAGGGAGGAGUUUCAGUGGAGGCCAAUGCCUGUUCUCUGCAAACGGUUUGACAUAAUAGACCCUUUCAUGGGGAAGCCUCCCCCUUUGCCAAGACCUAAAAGCAAGAUGGAUACUCUCUUUUUUAUGACAGAAUCUAUUAGGGAGAUGAAACCUGACGAAACCAUUUCUGCCAAAAAAGAAUCUGUGCACUUACCGCAGUUUGAAUCAAAAGAAUCAGAGAAACUAAUUGACACCAAUAAGCCUGAAAUUCAGCAAGAUAUAGCAACUUUACAGAAGCCUGUCGAUCUAUAUAAGGCAAUUUUCUCUGAUGAUUCAGAUGAUGAUGCAGAUGCAGAUGCUGGCACUUUUACCAAAGCCGCUGAUCCCAUGAAGAAGAGUGAAGGUGCCAACAUGACACUAAACCGCUUGUUUGCAAGUGAUUUUUUGGAAUCUUUAGGUGCAGAGCUAGGCCUGGAGGUUCCGCCUGAUGUACCCAGCAAACUUCCCAAGGGUGACAGUUCAUCUGUAGUUGGCGAAACAGCUAACACUGGAGAAUUGAAAGUUGCUGGAAGAAAUGGGCAAUCUCUUCAGACACCAGAAGCACACAAAGUACCUCAAAGUAGUGAAGUUCUAGCUUCUGGGCAUAACGAUUCUGGAAGUAACAAAAACUGCACUCCUGGAACAGGAUUCUCUUUGGAUGCCAAUUUUGACAGUUAUCAUGGCAAAGGGAAUGUCAAUAGAUAUGCAAGUGUCUCAGCAGGAGGUAGAUUUUCUGAUUUGCGCGAGGAAAAUUUUGAUCAAGAAAAAACACAAUUCCUAAUUCCAAGUAGCAAAAUUCAUUCAAGAUAUGAUGGGAAUUCUCCUGAUUCUUCUAGUGAUCAUCAGGAGCCUAUGGAAAAGGGAACUAGUAACUCAAGGAAUCGGCAAGGUAGAAGCAGAAGUCCGGAUUCUGAUUCUUCAGGUGGUAGAUAUCAAACAAAAAGAAAUAAAUCUCAUUCAAGACGUCAUAGAAGAAAUAGGACUCCUGAUAGUACUGAUGAAUAUCAAUCAAAGAGGAAAAAAUCUAAUUCUAGGCAUCGCCGCAGGAGCGCAACUCCAGAUAAUAGUUCUUCUAGUGAUUACCGAGAUGGUUUUCAAUCAAAAUCGAGAUCAAAGAGGAGUUAUCAUCAUGAUAGCAGUAAAAAGCAUUCUGAACAUUCAAAGAGGAAAAAGAAGCAUUCUGUUCAUUCAAGAACAGACCAUCGCAAAAAUUAUGACUGAGUUCUAUGGAUAAAUGAAGGCACAUCCCUGUGCACUAUCUCACUGCCAUGAUGAUCCUCACUGCCAAGUCUGGUCAGCAGCUCAAGCUUGAACGCCCACUCUACUUCAAACCUCUUUAUCAAGUCAAAUAUCUAUAUGUAGAUGUUGCCUUCAACUCAGUUUCUUUACUGCUGAUCGUCUCAUUCUCCAUCUCCAUCGUUCUCUCGAUGAUGGUUCGACCUUAGUGCACCACAGCACCACUGGAUGUAUAAUUUUCUUCUUUGAAUUUUAAAGGUGAGCAAUUUCUGUCAUUGUAUGCAAGAAACAAGCAGCCUGGUUUCCACUAAAAUUUUAAACGUUGGAAUUUAUUGAAAUGGACAAGUCAUGAAGUAUAAUUAGUUAACUAGGCUAUACUAAUUUUUUUUAUCAGACAAUUCUGUGGCGUUGGAAUCUUGUGUCGAUUUAAAUGAAUCAAGCUACAAACUGUUCUGUAGGA